UAAGCUAUCUUUUUCUGAUUUUUUUUUUGGGGGAUUUUAUGGUGUUUUUUUUUCUGUUUGCUUGUAAGACUUUGAAUUAUUUUGAAUUUUCUUGUGUUAAAAAUUUGUUGUGUAUAGUAGUUUUGAUUCUCUUCAAUGAACAAUUAAAGAAGCUUUUGUAACAGAUUGUGUGAAGGGUAUUUGUGGAUCUAACGGGAAAGAAGUAACGAUAUGGGUCGUGGAGUUAGUAGUGGAGGAGGACAGAGUUCAUUAGGAUACUUGUUUGGGGAUGGUGAGGCUCCAACGUCAACUAAAACGAACCCCCAGGCUGUUCAAAGUGAAGCUCAGCCGAUAAAUAAAGAGCCUGUUGCUGCUCCUUCUCCUCCUGCUGAUGCUACUAAGCAGAUUCCAGCAGGUAUUCAAAGUAUCAGGGCAGAUGGUCAAAACACGGGAAACUUUAUCACGGACCGGCCAUCUACCAAAGUACAUGCAGCCCCUGGUGGUGGAUCUUCUCUAGGUUAUCUCUUUGGGGGCGGCAGCAGCUGAUAAAGAAUGUCCAAUCACCCAUCGUCGUUUCAUUAUUUCUUAUACCUUGUUUAUCAACUAUCAUGUCAAUGUAAUUGUGUGUAUUGCGAAAGAACGUUGCGUUGUUUUUUUUUAAGCCUAAGUAUAUGUGGUAUACUUCAAUUGCACAAACUUCUGUUCAUAUAUUCGCAGUUGACAGCCAUUAUAUUCUAAAGUUUACGCUCUUUGUUGCUAUGUACAUGGCUUUUGUUAAUCGAUUAUUGGUCCAACGA